AUGAAAGGGAACAAAGUGGACGUUUCAGAGUUGAAGCCAGCAAAAUCACCGGCGACGUUUCGAGAAUCGUUACGGGCUACAUUAAUAAUUGGACAAGCAUUCUCUUUGAUCCCAGUUAUCGGGGUCUUUAGAAGUACCUCGGAUGUCAGAUUCACCUGGUUGUCAUGGAAAUUCAUGUACCUCUGUCUAUCACUUUGUGGACAAAUUUUUAUCACCAUUAUGUGUUUUCAUAAAGUUGUGAACUCGCAAACGUCGCUUAAUGGAACAACUCCAAUUAUAUUCUACAGUACAACAUGUAUUACAAUGUUAAUGUUCUUACAAGUGGCAAGAAAGUGGCCGGAUCUGGCCCGAUACGCUGCUAAAAUUGAGGAGUUGGAUCCAAACUAUGACACGAAAUUAACUUAUAAGUGCAAUGGAACUUGUGCUAUAGUACUAGCAUUGGCUUUGUUGGAGCAUAUACUAUCAUUAUUAUCGGCGUUCGCUGGUGCACAGGUAUGCUUUCCUGAUAUGUCUUUGUACGAGGGGUUUGUGAAGCAUUUUUACCCCUGGGUUUUUAAUUAUCUUCCAUAUUCACCCUUGCUGGGAUUUAUGACACAGUUCCUCCACUUUCAAUCAACGUUCAUCUGGAAUUUCUCCGACCUGUUCGUUAUAUGUAUGAGUUAUUAUCUGACGUCGCGUUUGGAGCAUGUUAAUAUGAAAUUGCUUGCAGCCCAGGGCAAGUAUUUACCAGAAGUGUUCUGGAGAACCACACGCGAAGAGUAUGGACGAGCUGCGCAACUCGUGCGAAAGGUUGAUGACGUAAUAAGCGGAGUUGUAUUUAUCUCCUUUGCAAACAAUCUAUUCUUUAUUUGCCUCCAACUUUUUAAUACAUUAGAACAUGGUAUAAAAGGAACAUCGGAAUGUAGCAGCCGGAACCAAGGAUCAACAGUUUUCGGCGGAUAUGAAGCAGCCAUAUACUUCCUAUUCUCACUUAUAUAUUUGAUGGCAAGGUCGAUAGCGGUGUCUUUGAUCGCAUCGCAAGUCAACGCGGCUUCAAACACACCGGCCCCAGUACUGUAUGACGUGCCUUCACCUGUUUAUUGCGUUGAGGUUCAAAGAUUUCUAGAUCAAGUUAAUGGAGAUAAAAUAGCCUUAAGCGGUCUUCAGUUCUUUAGCGUAACUCGUGGUUUACUUUUAACUGUAGCCGGAACGAUAGUGACAUAUGAACUAGUGAUGUUCCAAUUUAAUUCACCACAAGAUGGCGCCACGAAUACAACAGAAGUGCAUUAAUUAAGACUAAAGAUAUUUAUUGCGAU